CCCCUCUUCCCCACUUAAAUACCCCUCCCAAACUUCUCCUUCUUUCCGCCUUCCCCCCUUCAAACUCAAUCGACCCCCAAAGAGCAAAGACUCUCUCCCUCUCUCUCUCUCUCUCCCCAUCUGCAACUCUCCCCUCCUCCCUACUUCUUCUUCUUCUUCUGCCUCUGUUUGCUCUCGGGCCAAACUGUAAGUAAGAUAAGAGCGAUCCAAUCUGAGUGCUUAGGUUUAGCACAGGUACAGAGAACGAAAAUGCGGAUGAGCUGUAAUGGAUGCAGAGUCCUGCGAAAAGGGUGCAGCGAGAACUGCAGCAUAAGGCCCUGCUUGCAGUGGAUCAAGAGCCCUGAGUCUCAGGCCAACGCCACCGUCUUCCUCGCCAAGUUCUACGGCCGCGCUGGCCUCAUGAAUCUCAUCAACGCCGGCCCCGAGCACCUCCGCCCUGCCAUUUUCAGGUCCCUGCUGUACGAGGCUUGCGGGCGGAUCGUGAACCCUAUCUACGGGUCGGUGGGCCUGCUGUGGUCCGGGAGCUGGCAGCUCUGCCAGGCUGCCGUGGAAGCCGUCCUCAAGGGCGCCCCGAUCACUCCGAUCACCUCCGAGGCCGCCGUCACCAGCGAGGGCCCGCCCCUCAAGGCCUACGACAUUCGCCACGUCUCCAAGGACGAGAACUCGGCCGCUUCCAACGACCUACACCGCCCCAAGACCCGCUGCAGGUUCAAGCGCAGCGGGGGGAAGAACAAGCCGAGCCGCGCUGCCAAGCCCCAGCCGGAACCCUCCCCCGAGGCCGAGCCGAACCGGUCGACGAGCCACGAAUCGUCCCUGAGCCACCAGUCGGAGCCAGCGGCGAACAUGGACGGAGACAGCAAGGAGAUCGAGAGCAUAGUGUCGGAGGAGACGGCAGAGCCAGCUCUGCUCUUCAGGGCAGAGACCGAGUCCGCGGCGGCUCCGCAGACGGAGGAAGUGCAAGUGCAAGUGCGGGGGACGCCGGACAUAGGGCUUGAGCUGACCCUUGGGUUUGAGCCGGUGGCGCGUGCACCCCACGUGGUCCCGGUCAAAAAGAGAAAGUUCGAACAAUGUGGGUCCCCAGUGGGUGGCGGUGACUGUAAGGUGGAGUUGGGGCUUUAAUUAGGCCCGUCUUGGAUCCCCAUGGGCUUCUGUUAAUUAAUUUUGAUAGGAUUAGGUUGGGAAUUUCCUUCUGUUUUUUUUUUGCCCCCCCUCCUUUUAUUCUUUUUUCUUUUUUGGGGGUUCAUUUUUUUUUUCUUUUUUUGCUUUUCCCCUUGUUAAGGUAGUGGUGAAAGACUGAGGUGUACAAAAUGUUUUUACAGAUACAGGCAUGAGGUAUACCUUUUUAUCCAUCCA